UCUUGUAACACGAACGGAACAAACGGACAACCAUAUUGGCGCUCAUUGUAUCUUUCAUCAAAUAAUUUUCGCUAUUCCUAGCCGCUAGGACGGCAUAGACAUGCUCCGGUUGACUCCGCCCGGCUCGUCUGGCCUCGCUCGCGUCCCAAAGGCUUGCGUUCCAUGUGCCCGUGCAAAGGUCAAAUGUGAGAUUGAAGCAGAAGACGGCAUUUGCCAACGAUGUCGCCGCUUGAAGAAACAAUGCAGCAUGCAAAUGCCGGGGGCCCAUAGGCGGAAGAGACCAAAACCAUAUGCUUCGGAUGUAGCCAGGCUGGAGCAGAAGUUAGAUAAUGUUGCCGCUAUACUGUCGGCCUCAGAGCGAGCCAGACAAAAUAACAAUCCAGGGAGCCAGACCACAAUUGCGAGUCCGACUGCUGGACAGUAUGGUCUCUCCCCGACGGAAAUUAUACGGCAAUUCAUCCCAAGUGACAGAGAAGCGGAGAUGAUGUUGGAUCAUUUUCGAGUUAACAUGAUGCCUCAUUUUCCGUUCGUCAUCAUCCCUGCUGAAGUCAGUUUGAAUGACCUUAGGCGGGAGAAGCCAUUCCUUUUCACGACAGUGAUGAUGGUAGGCUGUAGACACGAUGCUUCGCGACAAGUUGCAAUGGCAAACAAGAUCAGGGAGAUCAUAAGCUACUCCGUUCUCGUCAAAGGGGAGCAAAGUCUUGAUAUGCUUCAAGGACUACUUAUCUAUCUAGCAUGGUAUCAUUUCCAUCUUCGACUCGGCUCUCAGCUAACGAAUCUUUUCCAUCUAAUCAUGGCCAUGAUGACGGACCUGUGCCUAAAUAAUGCAGCACAUCCAAAGAGCCCAUCGAAGCUUGCUUUGGGUCUUGCCAAAUACUUCGAGAAAGAUGGACAGCCACACACAACUAGAACGUUGGAAGAGAGGAGAGCCUAUCUAGGUGUCUUCUAUCUCACUUCAAUAGUAUCACUCUAUGCCAGAAACAUUGCUUCUCUAAGAUACACAAAAUACACCGAGGAGUGCUGUCAACUAGUCGCAGAGGCAGCUGAAUAUCCCACCGAUACGCUCCUUAUACAGCUGAUGCGCGCACAUCGAUUAGCUGAUAAGAUCAAACUUUCUCUUUCUCUUGAUGAACUCGAAGUUCAAUUAGGAGUCUCAGCUCCUAUAGGGGCUUAUGUGAGAUCGUUAGAAUCUGAGCUUGUACAGCUGAAGCACACGUUUCCUCAGGACAUUCCCGGUUUCACUGAUCUUCUUAUGAAUUACUAUGCGCUGGAGACCUUUCUAUACUCAGUCGCGUUGAAUGAGAGAAUGAGCGCCGUCCGGUACGGUAACUUCCCAAUGGCACGCUUGGAGAUUCUCCUAUCUUGCUUGGAGUCCACAAAAGCAUGCUUCGACACAUUCCAUUCCUUUUCGCCAUCCUCAUAUUUCCACCUUCCGUACCCUUUGUGGUCGCAACUGGGCCACGCAAUCAUUGUCCUGUCCAAGCUUUCUCUCUUCAAUGGUGAAGGGUGGGACCAGGAGUAUGUACGCAGCCAGAUGGACUUUUUCGAAGUGCUUAGCACAUUUGAUCAGAAGCUCGAAGAAGCAAGAGAAUACAGUCGAUCGACCUCCCAAGCGAGCAUCUCGGAAUUAUCUAUGGAUAUACCGGAGAUAUUUGUCAAGCUCACUCCAAAUUUGCAGCAAAUGAAGGAAUGUCAUAAGGCACGGCUCCAGGCACAGACUAGCACAACUGAACAAACUCAGGGCCCAUCUCAUGGUGAUAGUGGCUCAGCUUCUAGUGAUGAUCUAGUCGUCCCUGAUACAGCUGGUCUGUUCGAAUUUCUCGACGACAGUUUCUGGAGGCAGUUUACUUGAGUAUAAACCAACUCCCUUUUAUGUAUCUUUCCACUGAAUGUAUUCACAAUAUUAUACGUAUAUACAUGAGAUGCGUCACAUCUGGAAGAGUUCACUUUCGUAGUUCUCAAAAUGGACAGGCGAG